UGUGUGCUCCAACCCUCCCCUCUUUUAGGUUGCCAUUGUUCCGAAGCUGAACACCGACUCUACAAUGAGCUAUUUGCCAAUUACAACAACAUCAUCAGGCCUGUGGAGAAUGUGUCUGACCCGGUCAUGAUUUGGUUCGAGGUGUCCCUGUCGCAACUCGUAAAGGUGGAUGAAGUGAACCAGAUUAUGGAGACUAAUUUAUGGCUGAGACAUAUAUGGAACGAUUACAAACUGAAAUGGAAUCCACAGAAGUAUGGAGGUGUUCAGUUUAUUCGAGUGCCAUCGCAGAAGAUCUGGAAGCCAGAUAUUGUGCUAUAUAACAAUGCUGUUGGAGACUUCCAGGUGGACGACAAAACCAAAGCACUGUUGAAUUAUACCGGGAAUGUGACUUGGAUGCCACCAGCUAUUUUUAAGAGCUCAUGUAAAAUAGACGUGACAUACUUUCCAUUUGACUACCAGAACUGCACCAUGAAGUUUGGCUCCUGGUCCUACGACAAAGCCGAGAUUGACUUGGUUCUCGUUGGCUCCACUAUGAACCUCAAGGACUACUGGGAGAGCGGAGAGUGGGCCAUCAUUAAGGCACCAGGCUACAAACAUGACAUCAAGUACAACUGCUGUGAAGCCGUGUAUCCAGACAUCACCUAUUCCCUUUAUAUCAGGCGGCUGCCCUUAUUUUACACCAUCAAUAUGAUCAUCCCAUGCCUCUUGAUCUCCUUCUUAACCGUGUUGGUGUUUUAUCUGCCUUCCGACUGUGGUGAGAAAGUGACGCUGUGCAUCUCGGUCCUUUUGUCCUUGACUGUUUUCCUGCUGGUGAUAACAGAGACCAUUCCUUCGACCUCUCUAGUGAUCCCACUGAUUGGGGAGUACCUCCUCUUCACCAUGAUAUUUGUCACUCUCUCCAUAGUCAUUACGGUAUUUGUGCUCAAUGUACACUACAGGACACCAAGGACACACACCAUGCCUGAAUGGGUGAAAACCAUCUUCCUGAACUUUCUCCCCAGGAUCAUGUUCAUGACCAGGCCAACCAGUGAAUCAGCUGACGGUGGACAGGACUCAAAGCCGUCUUACAACACGGAGCUCUCUCACUUGGACUGCUUUGGCGGCACAGAGACCAGGUGCUACAAAGACGGCCUCCCGUGCCAAGAAACGACCUGUGUUUGCUACCAACACCAACAUAUAAAAUACGUCAAGGUGAACAGCAACCUGACCCAGAGCUCCAGUUCUGAAUCUGUAGACGCUCUGCUUUCAUCUUUCGUAGUAUCGCCAGAAAUGAGAGAUGCGAUCGAGAGCAUUAAAUACAUUGCAGAAAAUAUGAGAAUGCAAAAUGAAGCCAAGGAGACUCAAGAUGACUGGAAAUACGUCGCCAUGGUCAUUGAUCGAAUUUUCCUGUGGGUAUUUAUUCUUGUGUGCAUUCUGGGGACAGCAGGACUAUUCUUGCAACCGCUAAUGGUUAGAGAUGAAGUAUAGGCGAUACUCCCCUGUAAAAAAAUAUCUAUUUCCUGUUUGCUGUCCAAACGUCUUAGCUGCUCUCUCUUUAUGUUAAAGUACUUAUUCCUGUGUCUUUCAGUAGUGGAGUAAAGUUACUUAAACAUUAGGCUAGAUUCAGCCACCUUCCA